AUGUUCGAGAACGGCUUUCUCUCCUUCUUCAAGUCCUCAAAGCAGGAGGAGCCCCAGCCUACCUGGAAUGCCACAACCAUGACGAUGGAGCAGCCUGCUAACUACACCGGCAGCCAGGAAGCCCAGCCCGCCUCGUCUUCUCAGGAAGAACAACAAAUGAAGCUCCGCGGUGGCGGUGGCUGCUGUGAUGUUUGCUGCGGAUGGUAG